GUACUCUAUGGUUUCAUGUUUUUAUGUGUUUGUGCUCAAAAAGUCAAAAACAUUUUAAAAAAUUAAAAAACGUUCUAUGAAUUUGUAAAUUUUUGUAAAUUAAUUCAACAUCAUCUAAAAUAACGUAAAACUCCUGAAAAAUUAUAAAAAUGUCGAAGGAUGACCUGCUUUACGUGAGAAAUAUGAGUGCAUCAGAAUCAGAGGAAAACGAGGAUCUACAAGACGUUUGGGAUGAUAGCAAGCUGAACAGAGCAUACGACAAGGCUUUGAGCAUGGCUAACAUUGAAGUGGCCAAACGACUGGCAAUGUCUACUAAUACACAAGUUGCUAAUGAUGGAUCUAAAACCAAUAAACCUACACCAAACUCAGCUUCGAAAAGUCAAAAGAAACAGAAUACAACAUGGAAGGCAGGCAUGCAUUGCCGCGCUGUCUACGAAGAAGAUGGCUUGGAGUAUGAAGCGUUCGUCAUAAGAGUGAUUGACACGAAAGAAUGUGUUGUACGCUUUUUAGGCUACGAAAACUCUGAAAUAGUAAAAUUGAAUUCCCUGAAGCCAUCUUUAGGUAAAAGGGAGCGAAACAAACAAAUCGAGGAAGCGCUGGUCGACAAUAUGGACGAUGGGUUGAGCAUUCGCUCGCACACCAUUCAGGACAUGGACGUCAGCGAUAGGCCACAGAGCUGUGUCAGCUUAGAAAAUAAUUUAACCGUUCCAGUAUCUGUGAAAAGGAAAAAAUCAAAGAAGAACAAAUCAAAGAAGACAAGCGAGCUGUAUCUUCCAGAACUACCUUCCAUGCCCCUACCAGAUAUUGCACACUUGAAGAAUAUGGUUGCAAUGGACUUGCCCCUUCCACCUCCGCCUCCCAUCGGUUUCCCCACAUCCAGCCACAAACCUGACAGCGAAGACCAGGCCAUCUCCUCCAUGCUCCUCAGCUGGUACAUGAGCGGCUAUUACACUGGACUCUAUCAAGGCAUGAAACGUUGAUGCAAUCUAAAAUAGAAGCGGGCUAACUUGUUAUGAGAAGACACAGAGUAACCAGAGUUUUUUUUUUUCUUUCUCUACAAAUUAACCCUUGACUUCAAUCUCACCUGGUAAGUGAUGAUGCAAUCUAAAAUAGAAGCGGGCUAACUUGUUAGGAGGAGGCACAGAGUAACUAGAGUUUUUUAUUUUUUCUCUACAAGUUAGCCCUUGACUUCAAUCUCACCUGAUGGUAAGUGAUGAUGCAAUCUAAAAUAGAAGCGGGCUAACUUGUUAGGAGGAUGAAAAUCCACACUCCUUUCGGUUUGUAUAUGACAGCGUACCGGAACGAUAAAUCGCUUGGCGGUAUGUCUUUUUAGGGUGGUAAUUAGCCACGGUCGAUGCCUCCCAUAAGCCAGACCUGGACCAAUUAAGAAAACCUCAAUUAGCACAGCCGGGGAUCGAACCCAAGACCUCCGUCUUGUAAAUUCACCGUGCCACCGACAAAAAACUUGUAUGUAUAGACUAAACAUAACUUUAAUUAAUUUUUUUAAUUAAAGUUUUUUUUUUUUUAAUUAAAUUUUUUUUUUCAGUGAACGGAACGAGAAGAAACAUCACUGCGAAAAAUAAUGAUGUAGUACAGUUUUUAAUUGAUUUUAAUAUUUGUUUU